AUCCAGCAAUGAAUGUAGAGGAAUCACCUGAUUUUGGCAAUCUGCCGAUUGUCGUUUGGAUUCGGGUAUUCGAAUAUUUAUCACUUAAAGACAGAUACAGUGCAUCUCUGGCGUGUUCAAACAUUUACAAUGCAUUUAAUCACCCCACACUAUGGCAGAAAGUAACACUAGAUGUAGGGGGAAGCUCAGGAAAACACAGAUACUUCCACUGUGUUAAAAUUCCCAAAAGAAAUUUUCAUCUCGUUCGUAGAUUUGCAAGAAUGUUCCAUGACCUUACUUUUUCUAUUUGUGAACCAUUGCAUAUGAGCUUUGGAGAAUGGAACACUGUUUUAGAAGAAAACAUCAAGGAUUUUAAAUUGGGUCAUCUAACAUUGGAUGUAGGUGGUUUGAGAAACAAACCAAAUGUAUCAGAAAUGAAAAUUCGUACCGAAAAUAUGAAACCUAUGGUAGACAUAGUUAGAAAUCAGUCACAUUUAAAGACUCUUGUCGUAAACUCAUGGCCAGUAUUUGCUAACUCCUUGCAGAAUCCUGAUGAAAAUAUAUUUCAAGCUGCUAUCGAAAAUAACAACAUUAAAGGUCUGAGAAAACUAGGCUUGUUUAAAUGCAAUUCCACGGCUUGGUCUGGGCGAAGACCACAUUUAAUUUCAUCAGAGUUGACUUUGAAAUUGGUGGAUCAUUUCAAGAACUUGACCCAUUUAGCUUUAAGAUCGCCUAUGAUCACUUCAGAUCUUAUCUCGAGCCUAUCAUUGAGGGGUAGAGAUAAGCUUCAACAAUUACACAUAACAAUUAAUUUUAUUCCUGAAGAUGAAUCCUUCAAAAUGCCAACAGUGAAUGAAUCAGUUUGGAAGGAUUUCUCAAAUUACAACACGAAUGUGAAAGUGAAAGUUUUGGUUUUGUCAAGAGCACCACAUUACAAACUAGAGUGUUUCCUGAGGCCUUCCUGUCCUCUCUAUGAAAUAAAGUUUGGAGAAUAUAUCAGAAGUGACAAGGAAUUUAUCACUUACCUGGCGGAUUCUUUCAAUUCGACACUGGAUACAUUUGAAUAUAACGAAGAGGAUGGAGAUUUUGAAAGAGAACUAGUAACUCUUGUGGAAAACUCAGACCAACUGUGUAGGUUAAAAUACUGCGGCAAAAUCAACUGUCAAAAUGUUAUACGUCUUGCGAAAUUGAGGAAAAAGAACUGGGAGUCGUUUCACUUGAUUAGAAAGAACAUUUAUAAAAAGAAUGUCGAGAAGAAUCCGGAAAUGACCAUUGACAGUGAUCAAGUUAUAGCGAAAAAUAAGGAUGGAGUGUAUGUCCUUGUGGAUCUAGUGAAAUUUCACGAACAGGUUUCUAUGUUAGACUAUGAAGAAGAAGAACAGAUAAUGAUUGAGAAAGUGUCCGAAUAUUUGGGUCGAGAUUGGUUUCCUGACAAGUUUUAUCAAUAGUUAAUAUACAAAGUUUACUGUGCGAGAGUUCACUCCCUAAAGGAAAUAAUUACUGUCCAGUGAAUUGUCCAAAGUUUUAUAUUAUAGUCCAUUAUAUGUAGUCAAUUCAGUGAAGGUUAAGUUAUUUAAGAAAAAUUGACUUAGGCAACCUUCAGAAAAUUGUUUGGGUGUCCUCUCCCGACUUGGUCUGAAAAUAUUGGAUAGGGAGGUACAUGAGAAAUUUUUUAUCUCAGAAAAUUUUAAUUUCAAAUCUUUAAAUGUGUCAGAUGUUUUUUUCCCAAACGAAUAUUUAACAAAAGAAGAGAUUUGAUAAACUUGCGUAAUUGUUGAUAAUUCGUGGACAUGGGAAUACACUUUGAAGCCAAAAACGAAGAUCAAUAAGAAAAUAUGUGGACUCAAAGAAAAAAAAACUAUCGUCUUAUUAUUGUAAACGGAAGCAAGAGCUCCAAUACCUGUAUGUUUUUUUUUUCAAGAGGUCAAAUAAUACAUGUACUUGCAACCGAAUGAAAGACUCUCAAUGGUUACUUCCCUUACUAGUAUGUUAAAAUUGUACUUCCUGCAAAGGAAGUCCAAAUAUCGAUUUUCAGGGUAUUUUUGCCUUUACCUGACAAUGCUGUCGCAAAGUUGCAAUAAGCAUAGAGAAACGAAUAAAACUUUGAAGAAAAAAAGUUUACAGACCGUUUUCAUCCCAUAUAUUACUAGUAUCUAGAUCUCAGCCAUGUGAAAUAUUUCUUCCAAAAAGGCAUGAAAACAAUCAAAGAAAAAUUGUGCAAUAUAAGAUACUAGUAUGUUAUAAGAAGUUAUUUUCAUCAGUGUCUUUUGGGGCAUGCAUCACAUGGGUUUGCUGCUGUUUUCUGGCCAUGUGUACAAAGACCUUUAAUACAUGCGGAAAGGGUAACUGAGAAUGCUUUGAAGGAUUGAAAAUACUGAGAAUAUGUCGUUUUCUUACUUAAGGUUACAUUUUUGUAUUUUUUAUUAAACAACCCUCGUAAUCAAAGGAACGUAGUGUUUAGAAUUGAUUUCUCAGAAAAAUAAAUUGAAGAUCCAUUCCUUCUCAUACUUUGCAUUCAUGAUAAUUUACAUGUAUUUUAAAUAAUUACUUUAUAUGUGAUCUUAAUGAGCAAGGCAUUUAAUCAAUCGGUGCUGGUGUGACAAGUCUACUGUACUCUAGAAUCCAUCACUCUUAUAGCUAGUGCGCUCUUUCAACAUUAUAAUAAGGUAACACCAUGUAUGUA